UCGAGCAUCACUUCACGCAAACACAUCUCAAAGCAGUCAACAGACCCUUUUCCUCUCAGAAUAGGACUACAAGAACCACACCAACGAUUUKAUUGGAUUCUAACUUGGAUGUCAAUCUGUCUGCAGAGAAAGAUGAUUAUCUUGCGAUAUCUGAUGGUUGUGCUCUCUAGCUGGCCCCUGGGAGAAACUUUUAUUCUGAAAUCCUCAGGGCAGAAACCCAAAGCAACGCCAACAGACUUUGCUCCAGUCAUCACUCUGAACAGUUGCCAAGGGGAACCCCUGUCUGACAUCAAACAGUUCCUUCUGAGGGGUCUGAACCUGCAGAGAGAGCCUCAGAUGGAGGGGACUGGACUGGCCUCACUCAGGGAGCAGUGGAUGGCUGCGUUCACAACCCAACGCAGUGACUCUCAGACAGCACUGGACAGCAAUGCAUGGAACUCCCAGCAAGAGUUCUCUGGAAAUACAACAGGGUCACACUGCUGUCAACUGGUCUCUAAGAUCUACAUACAAGACCUGGGCUGGCAGAACUGGAUCAUCUACCCAGAGAGGUUUACCUUCACCCAGUGUGCAGCCUGCACCACACAGCUGAACCCUGCAGGCCAACAGUGUGGAGCGCACCUUCCCUCACAGGACUCCUCUCCAGAGGCAAUGCAUGUGCACCUUGCACCACAACUUAAAAGAACAUUGAAGCUACAAUAUAAAACAUUGAAACUACACAAAGAUAGAUUACAGGUGUCACACUGCAAAUGCAUCACUAAGAAGUAAUGAGAAGAAUUGGCAUGUGAUUUUCAAGUUUUUAGUCAAACACACAUUUUGCAAACACAAUGCACAUGUGCUGUUAUUCCAUCUGACUUCCAUUGAAGUGUCUAUUAGUGCUUUGUCUGUACAAGGGAUCAAAUAGAA